CAGUGCAAUUCUUGAGAGCUUGAGAGGAAAAAUGUCGUAUUCGACCCCGUGUUGUAUAAAAUAUCUGUAUCCGAUUUGUAUAUGACAAUCUUGAAUAUCAUAUACUUGAUAUUUUUCUGUUAUAGUAGUAGUGUUGUUAUUUAUUAUUUACUGAAAUUUAUGUUCAAUUGGGACUGCACAAUACCAAAAUUUUAUAAAUCUCUUGUACGGUCAGAGCAAUAAGUUGCACCCUGGUUUUGCCAAAGGAAAGCGUUAUAAGGAAUGUAGAAUGUUAGGUUAGGUUAGGAGUAACAUUUUACAUUCAUUUACAAAAUAUAUCAACCUGCAAGAGUUAAUUUUUUUUUAAUGAAUACUUAAAAUUACCUGAACACAAAUACACAAUGUCUGACGGCCUAACAGAAUUAAUAAAGUUCAUUCAAAUAGGUGCUCGAUUGGACUUGAAAACUAUUGCUGUAGAACAUGUGUUAGGAUUGACUGGUUCUAAAGAAGGAUUGGAAGUGAUUGUAGAUUGUCCACAACUCUUGGUUUCGUUGAUCAGUUUGCUAGAAGAUAAAUGCAUACCAGUAGGAAAGGACGCCAGUUUAUGUUUAGUUAACAUAUCUGCCGAUUCUAAAGGUGCCUCAUCACUUGUAAACUUAGAUGUUAAGAAACACUGUCCUCCACUCCAGAGACCACCAGAACAUAUUGUAAUCCAAACUCUGAACAAUAUUCUCAAUCCCGAAAGCCACAUUGCUGAUCACUGUUGUAUGAUUCUAUCAAAUCUAACACGACUUUCACAUUUGAUAGAAAACAUAAUUGAAAUUAUAAAGAUGCGAGGAAAUAUUUUUGAGGAACUGAUUAAUAUAUUCACCAAAAAUAAAUACAAUAAGAAUGGAGCUACCUUGCAUUAUUUAGGGCCUGUUUUAUCCAAUCUUUCCCAAAGCCAUGAAAUCAGGAGAUUCAUUCUUGACCAAGAUAAAUGUGUAAUACAAAGAUUAUUACCAUUUACCGAAUAUAAAGAUUCUCUUAUCAGAAGAGGAGGAAUCAUUGCUACCUUGAAAAACUGUUGUUUUGAAGAAGAAUUUCAUGAAUGGUUGCUUGGUGAAAAAGUUGAUAUAUUACCAAGUUUGUUAUUACCACUGGCUGGUAGUGAAGAAUUUGACGAAGAAGAUAAUGAUAAACUGCCUUUAGAAUUACAGUAUUUGCCAGAUGAUAAGGUUCGAGAAGAAGAUCCUGAUAUUAGAUGUAUUCUACUAGAGGCUAUAACACAACUGGUAACUAAACGGGUUAAUAGAGAAUAUAUUAGGGACAAAAACACUUAUGUCAUAUUGAGAGAACUACAUAAGUGGGAAAAAGAUAGGAAAGCUCUCGCCGCUUGUGAGAAUCUAGUUGAUAUACUGAUAAGAACAGAGGAGGAAAUUGGCGAGGAUAACUUAAAAACUGUUGAAGUGCCUUUGGAUAUUCAAGAAAAAUUCCAAAAAAUGGGUGAAGAACCAUUGGAAGAUGAAUAGACUUAAUUUUUUGUACAAAUAUAUAUUUUUAUCAAAUUA